GAAAUGGUCGUAAUUUUCAGAGUUUGUGGCCACAAAAAGUUUGACUCUACUUUUAAUUUUAUAUUGCAGCCAAAUAUGUUUAAUUUUAGAACAAAAUUAAUUAAAACACUUUUAAAUAUGAAAAUUUUUUCCCUGAGAAACUACAUAUUUAAUCUAGUCCUAUAUUCAUGCUGAUUGAUAUAUCACCUUAAACUCAAAAUGACUGAUAGUAUUCAAAUUUCUAUAAGGAUGAGACCAUUGAUUUCCAGGGAGCUGGAAAAGAAAGCUACAGUUCACUGGAGCUCUAAGAAUUCUACAAGCAUUUAUCAAAUAGCAUGUCCUUCAGUAAUAUUUAAUUAUGAUCAUGUAUUUGAUGGCAAUGAAAAUAAUGAAACAGUUUAUUCAGAAUUUUGUUCUCCUAUCGUCAGAAGCGUUCUUAAUGGUAUUAACGGUACUAUUUUUGCAUAUGGCCAGACAGCUUCUGGGAAAACAUUUACUAUGAUGGGAAAAGAUGAUGGAGAAACACUUGGAAUUGUACACUUUGCAAUUUUUGAUAUUUUUAAUGACAUAAAGAAGAAUUUGGAGAGAGAAUUCCUUUUGAGGAUUUCAUACAUGGAAGUUUAUAAUGAAAUAGUUUCAGAUUUAUUGUCUGAAAGCAGUGACAAUUUAAAGCUUCAAGAUAAUGAAUUUGGGAACCUUAUUGUUUGUGGUUUGUCAGAACAUAUUGUUGAAAAUGCUGAUCAGAUUCUGUCUUUGAUGCAGAGAGGUGGAA